UUCCGGUUUUGUUAGGAGCGGCACAGUGUGUCUUAAUUCACUGUUUGAUCUGCUGCGGCUCGACUUUAUUCUCAAUAAAUCUGAGUAAACCGACUUCAAUCCGUAUUAUUUUUAUUGCUCUGCUUCGUUUAAUAUCAAGACACUUUAUUCAAAGCUGUAGGUCCAUCAUCACGUGACCCGGGCAGGAGGAGAUGUUCUCCAGCCCAUAAUGGGCGGAAGCGGAUCUAAAGGAAGAGGUUACUGGCCCUUUUCUGGUUCUGGUGGUGGAGAUGAACCUGUUAAAGACGCACAGGAGCAGAGCCUGGCGAGGGUCCGGAGCAUCCGAAACGCGACGCCAUUCGUGUUUACAAGAAGGAGCUCUUUGUUCUUCGACGAGGAUGGCGAUCUUGCCCACGAGUUCUACGAGGAAACAGUAGUGACGAAAAACGGCAGAAAGAAAGCCAAACUAAAACGAAUCCACAAGAAUCUCAUACCUCAGGGAAUCAUUCAGUUGGAUCACCCGUGUAUCCACGUGGAUUUUCCAGUCGUCAUCUGCGAGGUUUGACACGAUCGGUCGUCGCUGAUCCUGCAAAGAAUCCGUCCUCCUUUAUUUCCCCUCCAGCUGCUGGAUCCUGGACACACUUGCUGUGCAGCGCCCCCAUGUGCCUGGGAGGACGCCACACGUGUAGCGUGGAAACUCGGCAGACAGACCGGCUGUCUGCUCGGGAAGAGGCCAUGACAAUGAUGUCCUGACUCUUUGUUUUAUUGUAAUCCUGCGCAUAUAUGACUACCGCCAAGACACGUAUGAGUGUAUGCCUGUUUAUUUGAACUGACAUAUAUAUAUGAUGAUAGAAGUAGAAUAUUUAGCAAAGCUUGACUUUAUCGGGAGCACAUCGUGAAGGACCCAAGAGGAGCAGCAAAUGGUGGAAUUUCGAAAAAUGGAAUUUUUUAGAACGAUCAGGUUGCGUUUAAAUACAUGACACGCAUUGUUGAUACUUUACAGGUUGUUAGGAUGCAAUGUUCCUCUAGGUAACACAUUUAGGGUUAGUAGUACGUAUAUACCGUACGACCUAAAAUUUUGCAUGUAGCUCCUACAAUCGACUUUUUUCAGCCAAUAGUAAAGAAUCAAAGGCUGUUUACUAUGCUGUGAUUUGUGUGCUGACUGAAUGAUAGAAUUGCUGCUGCUCUGUGAUUGGAUGGUUGAGGCGCUGAUCAAGGCAUUGAGUGCAAGAAGCCCCGCCCAUCAUUGUUAUGGCAUUUUUUAUUUAUUACAGUUGAAAUAGGCAGAUGGCAUUAAAGAAAAUAUCUCUUCGAAA